AUGGCAAGCAUCAACAUGGAUCAAGUUGCCGUGCUUACCUCACAAACUCGAAAAUCUAUCCAGCCCGACAACCAAGCAGAAGCUUUUGUUGUGACCGAAAUCGGCUCCCCGAUGUUUGGCUCCUAUAACUUGCUUUAUCCAGUGAUUUUUGGGGAUGGGGUCCGGUGGCUCUUGAGAAUUCCUGCGCACGGAACUCGGGAUCAAUUUGGUGAGGGCCAUGCCGAGUCUCUGAGGUCGGAAGCCUUGAUGAUGCGUCUCAUUCGCCGGGAAACAACCAUCCCACUCCCUGAGGUCUUUGCCUUUGACAAUUCAUGUGAAAAUCAAAUCAACUGCCCAUUCACUCUCAUCAGCUAUAUUGAAGGGAAAAAGCUGAGCGAUGUCUGGUUUGACAAGACUUCACCGAAAGACAUUGUUCAAGCGCGGCGAACUCGAUCCCUACAAGACAUCGCCGCUUCCAUGAUUCAACUCGACAAAUUCUCCUUUGACAAAGGAGGGUCAUUGAUAUUCGACCAGCAAGAUCAACUUUCUGACAUUGGCGCCAUAACCUUGGCGGAUAGUGCUGCCAUGAUAAAAGGUCUGAAAGAUGACGAUCCAGAUGAGUCGCCUAUCUACAAUGAAGUAGGACCCUUCUCGGAUCCAAAGGAGUAUUACACAUGUCAUCUGGAUCUUCGUGGAGAGAAAGACGACAGUUUUGACACUGGCGCCAUUCAGUUUAUCCGAAUGUUCUUUGACUCGAUGAAAGAGCCGUGCGAUGGGCGAAAGCCAUUCGUCCUAGAACACUCAGACUUUGAUAUUCAAAAUUUCAUCGUGUCAGAAAAUGGCGAGCUUCUGGGGAUCAUCGAUUGGGAUGGAGUGGGCUCUGUGCCCCGGACUUUGGGAAAUGAAAGAUACCCGGGCUGGUUGACUCGCGACUGGGAUCCAGUGAUGUAUGGGUGGGAUGAGGAUAUGGAGAAGGGAAUCAAACCUGAUGGCAGAGUCUGGGAGGACUCACCUGAUGCUCUCAAGCUCUAUCGAUCCGUUUAUGCGUCGGCUAUGAGGUCCUAUCAGCAUAAUGAGGCAGAACUUAACACUGCAACUGUCACCACCAACUCGCUCAUCUACGAGAACUUGCUUAUUGCUGCGUCUGCACCGAUGUUCAUGCCUACUAUUGUGAAAAAGGUUUUUGAAGAGAUUACUGCCACCGUGCAAGAGGAUUUGCAGCAACAAGUGGAACUUGAUAUUGAAAGUGAGAAUGGAGAAGAGGACGUCAAAGUCUUCUCAGUUCUCGAAGCGCUUGGUGCCACCGUGCAAUCAGUUCGCGAAGCGCUUGGUGCCACCGUCCGAUCAAUUCUCAAAGCACUUGGUGCCACCGUGCAAUCAGUUCUCAAAGCGCUUGGUGCCACCGUACAAGAGGAGCAACAAGCGGAACUUGAUAUUGAAAUUGAAAAUGGAGAAGAGGAAUUCGAAUUCUUCUCAGUUAUCGAUGCGCUUGGUGAGAAUCGGCUCAGCGAGUAUCAUCAAAAGGUUUUGAUGGACGGCAUUCGAAAGCUUGUGGAGGGUAGUGCUCAACUAUAG